AUGGCACUCGGCACGGCGGCUGCGGUUGAUCAGUUUAGGACUGCCUUGCCUGGUAAAGUGGUGACCCCAGAGGUUAAGCCGAAGUACCAAGGAGCUGUGACACGCCCUUGGUCUCAGACGUGCUGGACCCCAGCUGCCGGAUAUGUCUACCUGAGCAAUGUACAAGAGCUCACUGAAGCACUGGCUAUUGUCAAGAAGACAGGAUCUAAGUUUGCGAUUCGCAAGACCGGUCACAACCCCAACGCUGGUUUCAGUAGUGCAGAUGAGACUGCCAUCGUUCUUGAUAUCCGCACCAACAGGGGGCAUGGGGGUUUUGCCCAAUCUUCACGGGCUUGGAGCAGAUGGCGUGAGAAACUUUGA